GCAACCCCACCUGACUGGUCACAUGAUCUGAACUGCAUGAAAAACAUGGCUUCUUGCAGAAGCCGCCAGUGACUUAAUGCUUGUAAAGUUGGAGUACAUGUGUAAAAUACAAUGUUUAUCAGAGCUGUUGUUAUUCUCUGUGUAGUUACUGUAUGGUGUGACAUAAUAGAAGAGGAUAACGUUGCGGUGCAAGAGAAAGAACAUGUCCCUGCGGAUUCUGAAAACCCAGGCUGUGGAUGUAAUUCUUUACGGAGGGAUGGUGGAACAAACACUGUAAAAACCCAUAUAUGGCACGAUCAGGCCGCUGCAAAAUAUUCAAAAGCAUUAAAAGAAGAUCAGAUUGAUGGUGGCGAGCAUCAACAAAUCUCUGAUGUACCUAAGCAGAUGGUCUGGAUCCCUGCAGGGGAGUUCCUUAUGGGGACAGACAAUCCUGGGAUUCCACAGGAUGGGGAGGGACCUCAGCGGAAAGUCCACCUGGAUGGCUUUUACAUGGAUGUUUUUGAGGUCAGCAACCUGGAGUUCCAGAAGUUUGUCAACACUACUGGCUAUGUGACAGAGGCAGAAAAGUUUGGAGACUCAUUUGUGUUUGAGGGAUUAUUAAGUGAAGCUGUAAAAGGCCAAAUCUCCCAGGCGGUGGCUGCUGCACCUUGGUGGCUUCCUGUCCGAGGGGCAGACUGGAGGCACCCAGAAGGCCCCGACUCGGACAUCGUUGGCAGGCUAGAUCAUCCUGUGCUGCAUGUGUCUUGGAAUGAUGCUGUGGCUUAUUGUACGUGGAAAGGGAAGAGACUGCCCACCGAAGCGGAGUGGGAGUGUGCCUGUCGUGGGGGUCUGAAGGACAGGAUUUUUCCCUGGGGUAACAAAUUAAAUCCCAAAGGACAGCAUUAUGCCAACCUGUGGCAAGGAGAGUUUCCAAACCAGAACACAGGAGAGGAUGGCUACACAAAAUCAGCUCCGGUGACAUCAUUUCCUGUCAAUGGUUAUGGGCUGUAUAAUAUGGUGGGAAAUGCUUGGGAAUGGACAGCAGACUGGUGGGACAUACAUCACACCACAGAUGAGCUACACAAUCCUACUGGCCCAACCAUGGGUAAUGAUAAAGUGAAGAAGGGAGGAUCCUAUAUGUGCCAUAAGUCUUACUGCUACAGAUACAGGUGCGCAGCCCGAAGCCAGAACACCCCUGACAGCUCGUCCUCCAACCUGGGCUUCCGCUGUGUCUCCCAGAAGCUCUCCUGACCCUCAGGACCUCAUCGCAAACUUGACGGGGCAGGGAGCGAUCGCCGUUCUGAGUGACAUCCCAUCUGUACGCCUCAGGCUGACUGGGCGCUUCACCAUGAGGUGACAGAAUUUAUACCUGGACCUGGCAAAUGGCUUCCAGGUUUUCAAAAUAUUCCUUUCAAAAACAAUUUCCAUCUCUGCUCUUUUUUUUCAUUUUUUUUUCGUUCUGUUAAUUCCAUUGAGUUGCGGGUAUGACAAAUGUUGUAUUUUAUAAAAUAAACAUAGGAGCUGUCUGUUUAAAAAGGUGUGAUUUAUUGUUUUUUUUAAUAUAUUUCUUUUUGGAGAGCUACCCUUUUGCGGAGGAGUUUUCUCCUGUCCUGGGAUUAGCUCACAUGUCAGCCGGCAUGCGUCAAGCCCCGGGGCCAAGAAAAGAUUGUCAUUAGGAACUUAUCUUGUGAUCAAAAGCUUGCAGGUCCCAGCGUUGUUCCCCCUGUUGUACCAUCUGAAUAGGUGCUUAACAUGAAUAGAAAAUUCAGUUUCAUUUGGAAUAAAUUUGCAGACAUAAUGGUAGAAUUUCUCUGUAGUAUUCCCACAAUUUGCAGUGACAUGGUGGCUCAAUGGGAAUAUUCUCGCACCUCCAGGAGAGAGGGUUCAAGGCCUUGCUUUUGCCAGGCAUGUGGCGUUUACACCAUGUCACGUGGGCACCAGAUCCCCCUAUCCUGCAUGAGAAGUUGGAAGUUAGAUGGAUGGAGAAAACUCAUCAUCUUAGUUGUGCUUACACUUGUACAUCCCUCUGUUAAGCAUGUCAAGAAUUUCUCUUGUUGCCCCUUGUUGGGUGUUUUAACGGACCCUUAGUCCAGGGACAAAUUGCACCACUGUUUUCAUAGCACAGGCUUUGCAACCUCAACGCUCAAAUCUUUGCUUGGUCAUCGCUUCAAGUGCGGGCAAGAGUAUUUCCGUUUAGCAUGAGUGUGGUUAGAUUGUACUGCCACCUACUGGUAAAAAAUAUUACUGCCCCCAUAAUUACCUUAAGUGUUUUAAUAUUGAAUCUCUCCUACAAACAGUGUCGUCAGGAAGAAGAGAGCGGUAAGGAGCAUGCACUGAUUACAGUGCGUUGCCGCACCCAUUGCCUCAGGGCUGAGAACCUGAGUAUUGCCAUGUGGGGGGUGAUACCUCAGCACCACACUAGUCUGAAUGGACCAGUGUGAGUUUUUUUUUCCUCCAGUGGCUGGAGUGCCAGUCAUGCCACCCACCUCCAAGUUAUUCCCUGUUAGAGGACCCAGGAUGAAGCAAUUGCAGGAUAAGGGCCUUACUCAAGGGUCCAACGGAGUAGAGUUACUCUGGACAUUCACGGGAUUUGAACCAGCAACCUUCCACUCACUGGUAUAGAGCUCUAGCCUCAGAGUCACCACUCCAUCCCAAGGAGGAAAAGGUACAACAAAAGAUGAUGUUGCAGUACGUUACAUUACGUUAGUACAAUACAAAAUAUUAAAAACGGUAAACCAUGGUUGAAUAAUUUUAAACAGACACACAAGAAUUAUAUUUUUAAUAAUUUGUAGUGCAGCAUGCAUUAUUAUACUACUAUGACCAAAUUUACAGCCAUCCUCGGAUUUAUGUUACUAAUUCUUUCCUGAAAAAACGUGAAUUGGAAAAACAAAUCUAAAUCACAUUACUGUUAGUUUAAAUAUUUAAAAGAAUCAUCUAGUCCAUUCAUUGGCUAGAAAUGUUAUGUAGAGGAAAUCUAUCCUUAAGUUGAAAUUGUAUGGUAUAUAUUGUUAAUAACAGUGAGUCUCCAAACCUCUUAUUUAAAUUAAUUGUUUCAUGUAAGUGUGGCUGUGUCAGAUUUGCCUAAAGUGUCCACUAAGGAUAUAUAUGGGUUUUUUAUUUAACAAGUUACAUGCAUUUAAAGCUUCGUCAUUGCCAAACGUUCUAAUACAUUCAAACAUUUAACGUGGUUGACGUGGUACUGCUUUUCAUAUAUUGUGUUGAGAUUACAAAACGAAUGAUAUAUGUCAACAAUUACAGUAGGGGGAGAUGUAACACAAGGUUGGUCAUUUGUAGGCUGCUGGUCCUAUAUUCCCGCAACCCUGUGUUUGAUAAGCGAUUUGAAGAUAGAUGGAUGGUUCUGUACAAGAUUAAACUGCACCCCUAAUGAAAGCCUGAUAAUUGCUGAUUCAGUUUACAUAUCAUAUAUAUGUGUUGUGUAACAAAAUAUGUUACAUUUCUAGUGAAGUGUCCCAGUGUUUUAUUGCUUUGGACAGCAGUAGGUUUUGAUGCAGUGCAGUUUUGAGAGUAUCUCCAAGUCACCCAACAGUCAACUCAAAUAGGGCAUUGCAUGUGUCGGCAUUAGAGAUGUUGCUGGGAAUGUGAAAAUGCUGAGAUGUUGCACAGAUUUCCUGACGUCCCAAGAGGUAAAGAAAAUGCAGUGAGUCAGGGCUGAAAGGUGGCAAAGAGGUGGCAGAGAGAUCCACACCUUCUGUGUUGCGGGGAAUUAUUCACAUUCGUAUGAGUUGCAUCCAACCUUUGGGGGGGGGGGGGGGGGUUACAGUCGGUACAUGGGUGUGCUGAGGAUGACAGUGGGGGUGAUCUCGCCUUCCUGACAUUCUCCUGACCGCUGCCUCUUCUCACGUCAGAGACUUUGCAGCAUCUGCCCCUCGACAGAAAGCUGUAUUUAACUGUUUGUAAUAUAUCAAAGAUAUUACACCGAAUUGGAAACAUACUAUAAUACCAUAUCAUAUUUAAAAUCAGCCCUACUGGGACCAGAGGUAAGAGCACCAAAAUCUAGAGUGACUGGCUGAAUGGAUGACCUUAAGUAGAAGUCAUUGUCUUUCUUGUAAACCUGGUGUGUCUCUUGUGCUAUGUUUGUGAUGUCUUGGGCUCAUUUAAGACAGGAACCAAUGGAAAUAAAGCUGUCAAAAGUGA